AUGCCUUCCGAAGCUCUCGCCAUCUACGGCUUGACCGUACCCCCCAAUGAGGGCCCUAUCCCUGCCUCUACCGUCAACUUCCCUGCCCGAUUCCGCAUUACUAUGGCUGCCAUUGAUCCCACUGCCCAACCCCAAGCAGAUGCCGAGGGCAACCUGCCUUCCGUCCCCCGCUCCACCGUUAAGCUCAUCCGAGUUCCCAGCUCCGACUCUGAUGAUGAGGACUCCGAUGACGAUGAGGAGGACGAGUACCUCAAGGCUCUGAUCAAUGCUUCUUCCGAUGAUGAGGAUGAGGACGACGACGACGAGCCCAACGGCGGCCCCAGCGACCAGUCCAAGUCUAAGAAGCAGAAGCGCGCCGAAGCUCUGGCGAGCCUUAUCAAGGCCGUCCAGGAGGAGGAGGGUGAUGAGGAGGACUCCGACGAUGAGAUGACCGAUGCUAAGCCCAACGGUGUCAAGAGCAAGAAGGGCAAGGAGAAGGCGACCGAGGAGGACGAGGAUGAGGAGGAGGAUAGCGACGAUGAGGAUGAUAUCCUUGCCGCCGAGGAGCUCGUUAUCUGCACUCUCGACACUGAGCGCACCUACCAGCAGCCCCUCGAUAUCACCGUCAGGGAGGACGAAGAGGUCUACGUCCUCGUUACUGGUACCCACGCCGUGACCCUCACCGGUAACUACAUCGAGUCCCUCAACGAGGACUCUGAUGAGUACGACUCCGACGAGGAUGAUGAGGAUGACGAUGACCUUCUCAUUGCUGGCGCCAGCGACGAGGAGAGCGACGAGCUCGACGACGUCGAUGGUCCCCGAGUCACUGAGCUCGAGUCGGACGACGAGGAGGCUCCCGCUCUUGUCCCUACUAAGAAGGGCAAGAACAAGCGCCAGGCCGAGGAGGCUGAGGACCUCGAUGCCAUGAUUGCCAGCAGCAAGGACAAGAAGGCCAAGAAGCUCAAGAACAACAAGGGCGAGGCCGUCGCUGCCGAGGAGAAGAAGAAGGAGGCCAAGGGCGAUAAGAAGGUCCAAUUCGCGAAGGAACUCGAGCAGGGUCCCACUGGUUCCGCUACCAAGGAGAAGGCCGCCGCGAAGAGCGUCAGGACCGUCCAGGGCGUCACUAUCGAUGACCGCAAGGUCGGAACUGGGCGUGGUGCCAAGAACGGCGACACCGUUGGCAUGAGGUACAUCGGGAAGCUCCAGAAUGGCAAGCAGUUUGAUGCCAACAAGAAGGGCAAGCCUUUCACCUUCAAGAUCGGAAAGGGUGAGGUCAUCAAGGGCUGGGAUGUCGGUAUUCUCGGCAUGGCGAUUGGCGGCGAGCGCCGCCUUACCAUCCCCGCCAACAUGGCCUACGGAAACAAGAGUCUUGACGGCAUUCCCGCGAAUAGCACCUUGAUCUUCGACGUCAAGCUUCUCGAGAUCAAGUAA